GGUCGAAAAACAGUGGCUCCGCCUCAGAAGGAUUUGUCGAUGCAGACGCGUCGAUGGUAAAGCUGUAAAGGGAUGGUUGCCCGUGGUCCAGGGAGGACGCUGUCCUGCUCUGCGACGGACAACAUGUCGUAACAUGGGUGGCCGUGUGGUGCGCACCGCCGGUCUGUCUCGUCCGCCCAUGGAAUCGAGGGCGUGAACAGAAACACCAACCGACCGACUUCAAGGAUCUGUGUCUGUGCGACGUAAUGCGCCAUGUGUCUGGUCCGUUUGUUGAAGCGCCGCAGCAGGCGGCGGACGGUGUAGAGAGCGCGCCGUCUGGUCUGAAUGCGCGAGUCGACGCAAGGCCAUUGUUUGAAUUGCCUGGCACGACAACAAUGAACAUCAACGCGGCCAACCCGAACGCGCGCAACGACUUGGAAGAGCGCGUGUCGUACAUCCAGUCGGCCACGAAUGACAAGGACGCAGGCGGGUACUCGGACGCCAAGACCCCCGGCGAGCUCGAAGACGGCGCGUUGGUGGCGGGUGGCGCCCUCAACUUGUUUUCGAAGGAGGCGUUUGCGUUGUUUGCGCAGUACGGCGCGAUCGGCGUCAUCUACGGCUUGAUCCCGUCGCUCAACUACCCCAUCUUCAACGUGUACCUCCAGCUCAACGACCUCUGGAGAGAGAAUUUGCUCCGGAGUACGACAUUUCAGUCAUGA